AAAACGCGCCUAAGCACUUUCCUCUGUGUUUUCCGGACACGCUUGCGGCGAUUUAUAUACUCGUUCCACUUCAUUCUCAACCAAUGCAAACACACUGCUCAGUGAUUCUGAGUUUUAGAUUGCAUCAGUACUUAAAAUUAGAUUCUUUCUUUACCGCAAUAUGGACAUUUCAGAUAAAUUGCAGGGCGGCAACAUAGCGGCGCCGCCAGAGGAAAAAAGCAGCGAAAAAUGCUGCCAAUAUAAGGGAAUUCGACAGAGAAAAUGGGGGAAAUGGGUUUCCGAAGUAAGAAUGCCCAAAUGCAGAACUAAAAUUUGGCUGGGAUCUUACGACAGUGCAGAGCAGGCAGCUCGUGCUUACGAUGCCGCCGUUUUCUGUCUGCGUGGCCCCAACGCAAAAUUCAAUUUUCCGAACUCAAUUCCGGCCAUUCCGUACGCUUCGAAACUUUCCCGUCAAGAGAUUCAACUCGCCGCCGCCAAAUAUGCGCUCGAUCAAAUCCCCUCCACCAGCAAAAGCAGGAGUUCUUUGACGGAGGUUGCGCCGUCACCGUCGAGGUCGUCUUCUGUUUCAGAAAUGGAGGGGUCAAGUGACGGACAAUUGGUUUCAGAGGAGCAGGAAUAUGCGUUGUGGGAGAGUUUUUUCGGGGAUUCAGGCGACAAUCAGUGCCUGAAUUUGGAGAAAUUGCCGUCACUUGACCCCGCUGAGACACUGGCUAUUAUGUCUUCUUCUACAACGGAGGAACAAUCGUCCGUCGUUUUUGAUUUUACGAAUUUGUGGAAUUUUUAAAUGUCUGUCAUUUGACGUGAAAGGUGAAAAGGGAGUUCUGGGGAAAGGCAUUUUUUUAUUUUUUCCAGUCCACACGCGGCUCUUCAUGUCCACGUCAGCAAAAACAUGCCAACGCGGAUAGAGUGCUUUCAUUUCUUGGUGGGGGCUAAAUUUGAUGGUCACCCUUGCCUGUCAAGUCAAUAUUUUGUAACAGUGAUUUGAGUGAGAGUUGCCUUUCAAAUCCAAAAUGUCUUAUAUUUUUAUACAAUAUAUCAUAAAUCAAUUAUAUAUUUACUGUGA